AUGGACGCGGGGCAGACCAAAGAUUUUCCUACGGUGUUGCCGAUGGAGAACAAUUACGGCUUGCCCAAGUACUUUGUGCGUCCGUGCUACCCGGUGUACUACGCCGUGAUUUUGACACUGCUCGAAAAGUUCGACAUCGUCACUGUGACUGGAACGCCUGGAUCGAUUAUGAAGAAAGCGGUUGUGUUCAGAGACGACGACAAGGUGGAAUCUUUUUGUGGAGAAGCGUACAUACCUAUCGGCCAAGCACACGACGAUGCUUUGGGGCGCAAGUCAGACUUGGUGUACCUGUACGAUGGACCGCCAAGAUAUGAACCAGAACGUCCGUCAAAGAUGGUAUGCUUCUCCAGCCCGAACGAACACUGGCUGAACAUGGCGUCCAAGAAGCCAGAGGCGACUAAGCUGUACAUGCCGCUGUGGGACGUGGAAGAACUGGUUGCUGCGGUGACCUCUCUUCGCCCCGAUUUGCUGGUGCCGCGCAAUGUGGUUGAAAGUCGUUUUGCCAUAUUUGGUGGUGUGGCUCGAUGCUGCCUCGCAGUAAACGAAGAAUUCGUCAAAGACAGGAUUGCGGAACUCGAGAAUGAUAUCAAUGGUAUCGACAAACUAUUUAACACCCAACGCAGUGGCCAGUUUUCCUUCUUUGAUCCCAAAGAUUUAUCCAGUGCUGCGCUACAAACGGGCUCGUGUCACAUUUUGCGCGCGUCUGCCUUUAACUCUAUUGACUUCUUCUACUAUCCGCUGCUCGAUGACAAAAAGUUUUGCAGGAAAAUCCUACUGUUCCAUACCGCCGAGGCCUCGAUUCGCCCUGUACAAGCAAAGGAUAUUGUGGAGAUACUGGAAUCUGCGGGCUUGUUGGGCCACGAAGACACGCCAAUGACUGUCGUCGCGCGAUCACCUUCAUCGACAAUCAUUCGUUGUUGA